CCGGUCCCUUACCCUUUUCAGUAUUCUGCCAUCCUUCUCCGCUAGAGCUGACCAAUCACACUGCUGCCGAACUGACUAACCCGCGGCCAUCGGAUGGAACGAUGCGAUAAUUGAUAAUCCAACUUUCGUUUCGCCAUCUCUCGAGCUCAGCGACUCUUGCACAUAUUCAGACAUGUCGCAACCUCGUUUCACAUCCACAGCCAUGCGGCGGCUAUCCCAGCAGCACAGCCGACUCUUCUCGACCUCCCAAUCCGCUUUGCGCCUCUCCGCAUCUUCCUCCGCCGGCCAAAUCGCUGCCCGCCGACUUACAGCAGCUUCAGCAAGCGCAGCACCUAUCCAUAAGCCAUUUAUGCGGAGUUGUCUAUACCGAUCGCCUGUUCGCCAGUCCGUCGCCUCAUUCUCUACCUCACCCACCCGUCUCGCCACCAAGGUUACGCAAAAUCCGAGAACCGGAGAUGACGGAGAGGCUCUUAUGAUCAGUAUCUCCCCUCGCGCCGUGACGCGUCUUCGUGAAAUCACCGACCCAUCCUCCUCCCCCUCCGCUACCAAAGAAGAAAACCCCUACCAUCAUCUCCGCAUCACUGUGACCAGCGGCGGCUGCCAUGGUUUCCAAUACCUGAUGUCUCUCGAAUCAGCAAACAAGAUCGACGCCGAGGAGGAUACCAUCUUCGAAGGAGAGGCAGGUCCAUCGGAAACUUCAACAAAUGCCGCUGGCACGGCAAAGGUCAUUAUGGACGAGCCCUCGCUUGAACUACUGUCUGGCAGCACGGUCGACUACACCACCGAGCUGAUCGGUAGCCAGUUUAAGAUCGUGGACAACCCGCGGGCAACGAGUAACUGCGGUUGUGGCACGAGCUUUGACGUGAUGGGCUGAUCUGGGCCUGGUUCUCUACCAACAGGCUUCAAGGUCCAAGGUGGUUUUUUUCUAUUUUGCGUGUACAGAUACAGCAUAUCCAUAUUGGACAGAUAGAUUAAUUUGCAUUGUAUACCCC